AUGACACCACUUGAACAAAAUCAGAAGCUCACAAGUCAGGAGUAUGACCAGCAUUAUGGCCUACGGGAUGAUGCACUGUUGAGUGAUAUCAAAGGUUAUCAGAGACUGAUAGGAAAAUUGUUAUACUUGACACUAACCAGGCCAAACAUUGCAUAUAGUGUUCAGACCUUGAGUCAGUUUAUGCAAAAUCCUAAAAAGUCUCACCUAGAAGCAUCAUACAGAGUUGUAAGAUACAUAAAGAAUGAACCAGGUCUGGGAAUCUUACUGAGUGCAGAAGGAAUUGCCUCUCUCACAACAUAUUGUGAUGCUGAUUGGGCCAGUUGUCCAAAUUCAAGAAAGUUAGUGACUGGCUAUAUUGUGAAAUUUGGACAAUCCUUAAUCUCUUGGAAGUCAAAGAAACAAAACAUUGUGGCAAGAAGCUCAGCUGAGUCAGAAUACAAGAGCAUGGCACUGGCAGUAUCAGAAUUAAUUUGGUUGUUGGGAUUGUUUAAGUUUUUGGGAGUGGAGAUAACUACACCAGUUCGACUACUUGCAGAUAGCAAGCAGUCAUGUGUUUCAUGA